AUGCCUUACCCUACUAGAUCCCUUGGCCGCGAUGGCCCUCAAGUCCCAGCAGUUGGUCUUGGACUCAUGAGUCUCGGUAACAUCUAUGGAGAUGCCGGCUCCUUGGAAGACAAGGUAUCCUUCCUCGAGCGUGCCCAUUCGAUUGGCGCCAGAUUCUGGGACACCGCCGACGCAUACUUCGACAGUGAAGAUGCCGUCGGAGAAUGGGUCCGAAGGUCUGGAAACCGUGACGAUAUCUUCCUGGCGACCAAGUUUGCGCUGAAGUUCGGCAUGAACGGUACUAUGACCAUCCAAAAUGACCCCGAGUAUGUGAAAGCCGCUUGCGACAAAAGUCUCCAGCGAAUGGGCGUCGAUACAAUCGACCUGUACUACUGCCACCGUGUGGAUGGAGUGACACCCAUCGAACAAACCGUUCAAGCCAUGGUUGAAUUGAAGAACCAAGGCAAAAUCAAGCACCUCGGGCUCUCCGAAUGCUCAGCCGCGACUCUACGCCGCGCUCAUGCCGUGCACCCCAUCGCCGCAUACCAAGUCGAAUACAGCCCCUUUGCCCCAGAGAUCGAGAUCUCCGCCAUUUUGGAAACCUGUCGCGAACUUGGCAUCGCCGUCAUCGCAUAUAGCCCUAUUGGCCGAGGCAUCCUGACGGGGCAAAUCCAGUCCUUCGCCGAUCUCCCUGCCACCGAUUUCCGUCGCAUGCUGCCCAAGUAUGCGGAGGAGAACUUCCCCAAAAUUCGGGAGCUGGUGCAAGGGUUGAAGCAGAUUGCAGAGAGACACGACAGCACAGCCGCGCAGGUUGCUAUUGCGUGGGUCCUUGCGCAGGGGUCUGAUAUCAUCCCGAUCCCUGGAACUAAGUCGGUGCGGACGUUGGAGGAAAAUGCUCGUGCGGUCGAUCUGCGCCUCACGGGCGCUGACUUGGACGAGAUCCGGGCGCUGAUUGAUUGUACUGAUAUUCCGGGGUUGCGGUAUCCUGCUGUGAUGAUGGACUCGGUGCUCGGGGACACUCCGCUGCAGAGCCUCUAA